CAUAACAGCAUACAAAUCAAUGCUUUGUAAAGAAAUAUAAUAAAAUCGCCUCACUACUGCUAUCUCGAAAAAAAAAAAGAAGGAAGAAAGAGGCAUAGUUCGAAAGUCGAAACCGAGAAAUUCCAUCAUCUUCUCUGCAGUAGUAAUGGAAAAGCAAGAAGAAAGCAGGGAAUGCGACAAGGGUUUCUCUUGCAGUUUCAUGCUAUUGAAACCCGAAGAAGUUAAAUUCAUUGAUCUGUUUCGGAUCUUGUUUUCAAGUAACUUGGAGGACCGGAAAUUUGUGGAUAGUUCGUCGGAAACUGAAGAGAGUUUCAGAUACCGAUGGCUGAUAUUCAUCUCCAUUCUGGCCCAGAAGAUGCUCAUGCUUACGUCCAAGCCAAUGGCAUGGAUGGGAUCCAAGAUCGAGAUGUUGCUAAAUCUUCUCGCUAUUAACAACUUCCUUGUGCUCCUACGAGGAAAGACUAAGAAGCCAGAUAAAGAUUCGGCAACAUUCAUCUCUUUCAUCGGUAAUAUGGACAAGAGAAUGAAGCUGGACAGUAAGAUCAAACCCGAACAUGGAUGCCACUAUUAUUCGGCACUGUCGAUGAUGGCUUCCAAAGCAUCGUAUGAGAAUCGAGCCUACAUUGAAACUAUUGUCAAGGAUCAUUGGAAGAUGGAGUACUUGGGGUUUUUUGAUCACUGGAAUGAUUACCAAGAAAAAGCCACGACGCAACUCUUCUUUAUGCGUGAUAAAAGUGAAAACCAUGACACCAUAGUUGUUGCCUUCAGAGGAACGGAGCCAUUCGAUGCAGAUGCAUGGUGUUCGGACUUCGAUUUGUCUUGGUAUGAGCUUCAAGGAAUGGGGAAAAUCCAUGGCGGAUUUAUGAAAGCUCUAGGGUUACAAAAGAACGUAGGGUGGCCAAUGGAAUACAAAGCAAACGAAACCCGGAAAGAACCCUUAGCUUAUUAUUUCGUUAGAGACAAGUUAAAAGCACUCUUGAGCGAAAGUGAAAACACAAAGUAUAUAUUGACAGGUCAUAGUUUGGGCGGGGCAUUAGCCAUUCUUUUUCCUUCAAUUUUGUUUCUCCAUGAAGAGAAAUUGUUGUUGCAGAGAUUAGAAGGGGUUUAUACAUAUGGCCAACCUAGAGUCGGGGACGAGAAGUUCGGGAAAUACAUGGAAAGCAAGUUGGAAGAACAUAAAAUACGUUAUUUCAGAAUUGUUUAUUGCAAUGAUAUGGUGCCGAGGUUGCCAUACGAUGACAAGGAUCUUUUGUUCAAGCACUUUGGCACCUGCGUCUACUAUAACAGGCACUAUCAAGGAAAGGUUGUAGCAGAAAUACCAAACAAGAACUAUUUCUCACCGUUGUCGGCAAUACCAAUGAUGAUAAACGCCAUUUGUGAGUUGAUAAGAAGCUUCACUAUAUGUUAUUCAAAAGGAGCGGAGUACAAAGAAGGUUGGUUUUUAAGAGUUUUUAGGAUAAUUGGAUUGGUGAUCCCUGGAGUUUCAGCUCAUUCUACUCAAGAUUAUGUUAACUCUACUCGUCUUGGUUCCUCCGAUGUUUUUCUUCCAUCCGAGGAAACGAUUCCAUAAUUCUAAUCCUUUUACUUCCAACAUGAUUGAAAACAUCAAAACUUCAUAUUUAUGUCAUUACGGAGCAUAAUAUUGAGAAUAUAUAUAUAUAGUUAAGAGUAUUUUUACACUAA